ACGAACCAGACGUGCGCACGGGAGACAAAUUCAAAAUAACUACGCGUGUUGAAGCAAACUGAGCUAGACAAUUACCGAAACAAGUCGCCACCAGAACAGCAAAAUGUUAAAAUUUACGGAACUGGACACACUGCUGUUAAUGCCAAACUAAUUUGAUUAAAAUUGAAUAUUUCACAAUUAAUAAAAUUUAAAUUGUGUACCGCAGACUCGAUCGGAUCUCCAAACAACAACAUUUAUACUUCGCAGUGCCCGUUUUAUAAUAUGAAUGCCUACUUUUAUUUUCGCCAAAGACGACUGGAGUCCAAGCAAAAUUUAAAUUGAAAAAAACUGCAUUUGCAGCGAGCCGAAUUUGGCUGGUUUAAAUGUGGCCACCAAAAAUUCGAGGAAGAAAAGUAGAACUACAUUGAGUGAUUUGUACAAAGAAAUCUUCCACCAAUAUCCCACUCGGACAAGAUAUUAAAAGAUCUUGUUCUAAACAGUGACAAUAACUAAAGGAGACCAAAUCGCUAAUGAAAUUGGACACCUCCCAGGCCCCCGCCCGAGGUGCGUGGGUGGUGGCGCGCCGCCUUUGAACCGAGUUGCCGGAGCCAUGGUGAGCCAGUGACCGGAGGCCACGAAACCCGCGUAGGAGUGAGCUGCCAUGUGAGCAGAGCCCAAUCGGCACUCGAGACACUCAACGGAUAGAAAAUCCACGGAGAAACGCAGAGCCCAGUUCGUCCAGGAACAGGCUGCAGAACCAUUUAGCCAGGAAUGGAGGCCACCGAACAGGACGCCAUGCAGGAGGGCUGCGAGGACCUCAUGUCCACAUCGACGUCGUCCACGAACGGCGGGGACCCAAACGGUUGCGCCAAAAAAUUGACCGUAACCUCGCCGGAUCCCACAUCGUACGUGACCAAGCAGCGAGUGACGCGGCCCACGCCCCCUGCUCCCUCAAAGAAUCCGAUGCAGUUCGUCCAGAUCAAGCCCUGCAACCUCUACCAGACCGCGCAGGAGCAGCUGAAGAAGGCCGAGGAGGUCAAGAAGCUGAAGGAGGUGAAGAAGGAGGAGCCCGAGGAGUGGCAGAACAACCUUGACAAUUGGAAAUCAUCAAGGCGAAAACGUGUCGAGCACAUCAUCGAUCGAGCGGUGGAGACGAAGAAGCUCGAGCUGGAGGAGCACGAGCGCAUGCGGCGGAAGUCGAAAACAUUCACCGAAAUGAUGGAGGAGAGGGCUGAAAGGGGCGGACCUCGGGGGCGUGCCAAGCUGGCUUCUCUGGCCGUGUACAACGAGGACGAGACGAACGAUCUGAGCGACCUGGGAAUCGGGACCAGCAGCGCCAGCGGCAAGAGCAGCCUGUCCGAGGACUACGACAAUAACAGUGUAAUGAGCGACCAUGCCGCCGAGCUGGACAAAGCGAUGGGCGCAGCCGCUGCUGGAGCUGCUGGAGGAAUCGCUAGGAACGUGGACGAGCAGCAGAACCACAUCAUCCGCAGCGGCAGCAACGGGAAUCACGGAAACCACGGCAACGGAGUGGCCGCUGGCCAGGCGAGCGCCUCGAAUCCCGGAAAGACGGUGGGCAGGGAGUACAUCUCCUCGCCGGGAUACGACACGUCCUCCAGCACGGCGCCGGCCAGUUCUCCGGACCCGUGCGAGUACACCUACGAGGGAGCCAUCCAGGACUACAAGCAGAGGGUCCAGCGGGCCAGCAGCAACGGCAACGCGAACAGCAACGGAAACGGAAACGCCAGCAGCAACGGCAAGGCGGUGGGAGAACCGAUCGCCUAUCCCACCAGACGGGGAUCCAAGAUCGAGGACCGCCUGAGCGGGUUCGAGGUGACCUCGCCCAGCGACACCCAGGAGGGCGUGGAGAAGCAAAAGGUGGACGUGCCCAAGGUGGACAUCUCGAAGCGCAAGGAGAUCUUCGAGCAGGCCAGGAACGAGCAGCCGGUCUUCGUGGGAGCCGCUCCUGCUGCCCCUAAGCUGGUGCUCCGCGAUCGCCUGACCAACGGCAACGCGGCGCCCGCCGUCCCCAAGUCGGAUGGAAGGCGCCUCUCCGGCGACAUCUCCAGCAUCCGGGACCGCAUGCAGAGUCUGGAGCAGCAGCGCAAGGCCUUCAACUCCAGCAAGAGCGUGGACGUGCCGGUGCCGCCACUCAAGCAGCGGCUGAACAGCCUGCAGCAGUCCGUGACCAAAGAGGAGCAGCGCAAGCCCCCGCUGGUGGCCCUCAUCGACGCCAGGCAGCUGGAGAUCAUGCGCGGCGAGGAGGAGCGGAUGCGCCAGCAGCAGCAGCACCAACAGCAGCAACAGAAACAGCAGCAGCGGGAGCGGGAGCCAGUGCACCAGCAGAAGGCACCACCAGCCUUGAUCGUAGAGGAGCCACCGGUGGCGGCCACCAACGACGACAGCGGCAUCCAGGAGGACACCGCCGACGAGCUGCAGCAGCAGCAGCAGCAGCUGAACGCGGCCAUCGCCGCCUUGGCCCUCGAGGAGCGGCAGCUGGAGGAGGCGGCCAACGCGGUCAACCAGAUCGAGGCGGAGUUCGACGAGCUGACCGACCUGAAUCCCUCGCCUCUUCCGCCUUCACCAGCCCAUCCCUCCGUGCAACAGACUCCACCAGCAGCAGCGGUCGCAUCGACACCAGUUGCAUCGCAGGCAGCCAACCAGUCGGCCAACCAGGCGGCUGCUCCUCCGUUGCGGGACAUGGAAUUUAGUAUCAACGAAGCUCUUGAACUGGCGCUGCAGGCCAUCGAUCGCGAGGCGACCACCAAGCCGAUGGACAAGGCGCAACAUCCGCAGAAGCAGGAGGAGGAGGAGGAGGAGGAAGAGGAGCAGCAGGAGGAGUUGGUGGCCACGCCGGAGGAGGGGGAGCCAACUCGGGAGGAGCCGGGGCAGCCGGGGGAGGAGUCUCCUGAGCAGGGGGAGCCACGCGGCGAGGGAGGGGAAAUGCCAAAUAAGACCGACGAGCAGAAGCAGGGGGAGCGGGAGCCCAUCUACGAGAAUGUCAGCUCGACCAUAUCUAUGCACGAAGUAGAUAAUGAACAGAUAGCAGCGAUGACGAUAACCACACAGACGCAGGCGACGCGGAGGAGUCACCGGAGGAGCAUUCCAAGCAAACAGACCAGCAACAACAACAACGAGAGCAAUCAGAGCCCCAAUCAAACAGCCAAAAGUAGCAGCAGCAGCAAUCAAAAGGAGAGCAGCGUGGCAGCAGCAUCAGCAGCACCACCGGCCACCUCGGGGGAUCCGGAGCCCUACUACCAGGUGCCCAAGGCCACGGAGCCCUACUACGACGCCCCCAAGCACCUGCGACCCGUGCCCGUGUACGAGAACAUCGAGAUCUUCUACUCGGGCCUGGAGAUCGGCCAGGGAGCGGGAGCCGCCCCGCUGGGGGUGAUGGAGCCGCCCAAGGAGAAGCCCCCGCCGCCGCCCACCGAGAGCCCGCCGCCGAUCCCCACGGAGGUGGGUCAGGACGACGAGCUGGACGGACUGGGCAGCAGCCUGGGCCACCACACCGACACCUGGUCCUCGGACAACACCUACGAGACCAUCUCGAACGGCACGAGGCGGCACCUGCAGGGCCAGCUGGAGCCCGCCCAGCCGUCGCCGCCCAUCAAGCGGAUGAACUCCACCAAGCGCAUCAAGAAGGAGCUGCGCAACAAGCGCUCCAGCUUCCUGGGCAUCGAGACCGACGGCGACCUGGACGACAUGGAGACCUACCUGGAGCUCACGGUGGCCCCGCCGCCGGACAUGGCCCAGCUGCUGCAGGAGGAGCGCCGGCUGGAGAAGCAGCUCUACAUCAAGGCGGGACUCUGCGACAGUUCCGACACAGGCGAAAGCCGCGAUUCCGGAGUUUCCGAGAACCAUUCCCGUCAGAGCAGCGAGCACUACACGAACUCCUCUGAGGAGAACGACACCCAGUCGGAGGCCACGCCCCCGCCGCUGCCACCGCCCCCGGCGAGCAGCCAGCUGGUCAGCGAGGUGAUCUACCAGAACGAAGGCCUCCUGGCCGCGCAGACGCCCCUGCUCCAGACGGUCAAGGGCAACUCGGCCGAGUCCUGGACGGAGUCGGCGACGGCGGCAGCGGCGGCCACCCAGUCGCUGAGCGAGGCCACGGCGACCGCCAACGCCAAGAUGCAGUCCAUCGAGGACAAGAUCCGGGAGCAAGGCGAGGUGUUGCGGGUGGAGCGCGAGCUGCUGCACUUUUCGCAGGAGGAACUGAAGCGGCAGCGGGAGAACCUGCUGCUGCGCGAGAACCUGGCGCGUCGGGAGCUGCAGCACGGAGCCAAGAUGCUGAUGGCGAACAACAGGCGCUCGCUGCAGGACCUGCACCACGGCAUCGGCAUCGGAAACGGGAUGCUGAGCGCCUUCCAGCCGCCGCAGCCGCAGCACCUCCAGGCGCCAGUGGCACCGCCACAUCCGCAGCAGAUCUACGCCAACGUGCCGCAGCAGCAGCAGCAGCAGGCGGCGCUGUACGCCUACCACCAGAUGGACACGGACUACCGCAAGUCCAUGUCGGACCUGAACGAGUUCUCCGGCCGCCUCAUGCUGCCGCCGACGCCGCCCACCAAGCCCCUGCGGGCGAUGCAGCUGGCCGCCAACGGUCACGGCCUGGAGCCGGACUACGCGGUCAGCACCCGGCAGCGCCAGCCGUCGGCUCCGUACGGCGGAUCCCUGGUGAAGAUCGCCGGGGCACCUCUGCCGGCACGGCCACCGGGCGGCCAAGGGUAUCCCGUUCCGACGGCGGCCGCCUACCACCACCAGUCGGCCCAGAACCUGAGCAACAUGUCCCGGAACACCUUGCUGGCCCUGAGCGCCACGCCCAAGCCCAAGUACACGGACGGGUGGGUGCAGGUGCAGCAGCGGAAGAGCUUCGACAGCCACCAGGCCAGCGACCCCGCGUGGCUCGCCGCCCAGCAGCAGAAGCGCAAGUCGAUGCCGGACUACGGCGGAGCGCUCUAUAACAACAACCACUGGCUGCUGCAGGAGGCGGAGCAGCGCCGCAUCGAGCAGCUCGCCAGCCGGCGGUCGGUGCCGGCCAGCAAGUCCGCGGGCAAGCCGCUGCCCGACUCCAUCAUCCAGACGCUGACGGAACGGGUCCAGAGCAAGGGCAUCGGCGAGCGGAAACGCUUCGAUGGCAACGGCAACUACAGCCAGCUGAACGGCAACAGCAACGUCUACCAGCAGCAGCAGCAGCAGCAGAAGAGCAGCACCGCGAACGGCAGCAACAUGAACAACAUGGGCAUCAACGGCGGCGGCAACCAGGAGAAGGUGCUCAGCGUCAGCGGCAAGAAGAAGUGCUCCCACUGCGGCGACGAACUAGGUCGCGGCGCUGCCAUGAUCAUUGAGUCCCUGCUGCUGUUCUACCACAUCAACUGCUUCAAGUGCUGCGUGUGCCACGUCCAGUUGGGAGAUGGCCUCAACGGCACCGACGUCCGGGUGCGGAACCACAAGCUGCAUUGCCAGAACUGCUACUCCAGCGACGACGGCAUCAAGUUCAGCUGCGUCUAACUGGGUCCUCUAACUGGAUCCGAGGCCGAAACGGGGAUUGUUGUUGUUCUUGUUGCUAUUGCAGCAUUGAUUGUUGUUGUUGUACUAGUAAUACGUAGAUACUAACUACCGACGUAAUCCGUGUGUUCAGAUAUGCAUAUACACUACAUAUAUCCAUGUUACGAGCAAAGUCAAAUACAAAACGUUUCAGACUAGUGUUAAUCGCUUCUAUAUAAGUACGAAGUUUUUGAGUGUCUGCAUUGCUUUUUGACUAAGAUUUUAACUUUUUAUAUACGAUAUUCUACAUGUUUAAAAAUCCGACGUUAUACAUAAAUAUGUUUAAAAAGCCAAGCUCUCUAAAGUUUUACGCCAAGUCAAAGUAAAGUUGCAAAACGCGAUCAAAAUGUGUGUUAAAACUUAUUGGAACACGAAAUUAACGCAAAUUAAGGAAAAAAUUCUUUGAACAUUGUUAAAAUUUUGAAAUUGUAUAUUGCGCGCAUCGAUAUAUCUACAGACAUAUAAAAAUUGUACAUUAAAUAGACGUUUUUCUUUUCGAGUCCGAGAAUUCGGUUACUUCUGAACCUAAAGUUUCAGUGUUCUAUCUAUCCUACACGCCCAGCCCACACAAAAUACCUAACGACGUAUCCAAUGUACCUAAACUAUAUACAAACACCCAUCCGAAAGCAACACACUAACAUAAGUACAUAAUAUUAUAUACUUACAUAUUACAUGAUGUGCAUAUAACGUGAAAGAUUUUAUUUCUAAUUGUCGUUAUUCUUAUUUAUUUAUCUAAGCAUACAAAUCAAAAACUUGUAUAUUCCAUACACUUCUUGAAUUUUAUGAUUAACUUUUAAACUUGAUCAGUAUAUGAAUAAUUUUUCUGUAUAAAUACAUCAAAGAAUCUAUUUGAAUUUCGCUUAGUUUUAUAAUAAAGUAUUUCAAAGAUGAAA